AUGCUGACCAUCUUUCUGUAUUUUGUGUUUUUCCCCAGUUUUGCUACACCUCAAUUUCUGUCCUAUGACGCUGUUCGUAUGAGGGUGCCUGGUCGUUGUUCUCUAGGCGAUUACGACUGUGGCCUCGGCCAAUGCGUAUCGAUUGAGCAGUUUCGAGACGGGAAGCCUGAUUGUCUUGAUGGUAGUGAUGAGUGGUGUUUUAUUGGACAAGUAAGCUGCGGCCCAGUCUACUGCGCAGAUUAUAAAGACGCUCUGCCUUGUGUCGUGUACCCAAAAUGUGAUGGCACUUCAAAAGAACUCCCAUGGUGUUCCGUUUCAAAAGAGAAAUUAUGUGCAGAUAAACAAUCGUUCCCAUGCAAAGGUUACGGUGAAUGCGUUCUUUGGGAAUGGUUGCUUGACGGCAAAAAUGAUUGCAUCGAUGGUAGUGAUGAAGAUGAAAAUUAUGUUAUGCCGUUGCAAGAAGCUUACCGAUGCGCUCGUAAUAAGACAGGCAUUAUAUUGCCGAAACCAAUUCCACAACCACCAGAAGAUCAUUCAUCAUUAUUCGUGCCCGGCUGCUCGUUUUGCCCGAACAAUAUAGGACAACCUUCAAUUGUUCCAUCCACAGAAACAACCACAACCCCGAAAUACCCAUUUGCUACAUUGAUACCUGACAAGACCGCACCACCAUUGGAGAAUUUCCCAUUUUUCCCAGUGCCCCCACCACAGCCAACAGAUGCAGCCCAACCUGAUCCUGACGACUUUUUUCCACCAGUAGUUGAAUUCACGCGAGUCACCAAGCCCAAAGUUCCAAUAACAUCAACACCACCUCAUGUGAAUGUCGAAGGAUUCUUUCCUGAUAAUUCUGAAAGUCCAAACUGGCCGAUUGAAGAACCAACAACAGUGAUAUCAGCAGUUACUGAUGGUGUUAGGAUUGCAACUUUGCCUCCAGCAAAUCGCUUUGUUCCACCAUUAGUUUUCCCAGGAUUCACCCCUCCUCCAUACGGACAACCAUCCACACAAAUUCCACCUGUGUCGCCUAUUACCGUUGCUCCAAUUCCUACAGAAACUGCAACUGUUCCGUCAAAUGGCAAUGAAAAGUUAAUUGAAGCAUUGAUCCCAUUUAUCCCAGGAAUUCAUAUCGCGACGACUUCAAAGCCAAUGGUUUUUACAAUCCCUAGCAUCUUCACCAAGCCUCCAUCAAAUCAGGGAUCUGAAACGCCUUCAAAUCCUAAAAGCACUUUCAUAUAUGGCGGAUGGGGAACAUCUCAGCCUUCUGAAGGAUCUCACAAUUACGGAAAUCAGGAUGGUAAUACCAGAGGCGUUCAUGAAAAUGGCGAACAUGUAAUUUCGCCCGGAACGAGAAGACCAUUUGAGUUUGGAAAUCAAGGGAAUACCUAUUCUACACCAGAUUAUUGGAGCAAGGGAUCUCAAUCCUCUUCGAAGGGAUCACAGGAGUCUGGUGCGCCAUCAUCAUCACAAGCGGGUGAAUUUCCAGGAUUCCAAAUACUUCCAACUGGCUCUCAGGGAUCUCAUGAAUAUGGGGAUGGAACUAAUGGUCCACCAACUGCCACAUCUCAAGGCUCUCAAGGAUACCACGGCAAUAAAGAAGUUCAAGAGCGACCGAGCAGUUGGAAAGGUCCAGACGAAAUAGAAUCGUCGUCAACACCCGAAGAAUCAGGAAGUCCGGAAAUCUAUGAAGGAUGGUUCGAAGAAAAAACCCCAAAGCCAACAAUUCCAUCUGAACACCAAUUGCCGGAAACGAGCCCGACAUUGGAAGAAACAACAGCAAAUAUUGUGACAACACGAGAAAGAACGACAGACAAACCAGGAGUCACGAAAGUUAUACACAUUGGACCAGAUGGGCGGCCAGACGUUCCAGAAAAAAGUCUGGAGGAGCAUCAUGGUGGGGGAAUUAUUCCAAUACCUGGAUUCGAGAGUGGAAUUGGAUUUGUUAGGACUAGUACAAGUCAAACUACCGUCACGUCUUCCACAAAGCGGCAAGAAACAACAUCGGGAGGAAUGGAAUCAACUAGUGACGCAGUAACACCUUCAAGAAUGAGUCUUACCACUCCAAAAGUUGAUGAAUCGUGUCUGAAUGUAUUGAAAGAAAAUCAAUCUUUGAAUGAUGUCGAAUGUAAAUGCGACAAUGGCAUGUUUCCAAAUGAGUCUGGAAAUUGUGAAGUUCUGGUGCUGCCUUGUAGAAACUGUGAUUAUGAGGAUAUCACAAAAAUGCUAAAGCAAAGAUCUGUCGGAGAUGUUAACAUAACAACAAAUGCUCUCGGAGUAGAUUUAUGUUUUGAAAGCGCCUACUAUCCAUGUCAUGUAUACGCCGAUUGUAAAUCCGACGGAUUUCGCUACACUUGUACCUGUAAAAAAGGUACUAUAGACGUAUCAGAUGGGCAUGGAAGGUUAUGCGAAGGAUUUCCUGAAGAGUCUGACUGCGUUAUGGUGUUGGGCAUUUGCCUCAUUGUUUGGUUGUUGUUCUUACUAGGAGUGUUCACCCUAACCAUUCUCUUAUGCCUCUUAUUUUACUAUCUUUGCCGCUCUAAAUGCUGUAGAAGGAUUAUUAUUCACCCUGCAAAUAGUGAGGGUCUUCAAAGAGUGGUGAUCGGUCGCAGUUCCAAACAAUCGGAAGAGAAUGUCAGCGUCGUAAAUGAUGGCAAAAUGCCACACAUGCGUUCCAUUUUUGCAGAAAGUCUCAGGCACAGUGCUAAAGGUUCCAAGUCGGCAGCCAUCGCUUUAGCUGUUGCUGAUUUUAAAAAGAAGCGGGUUUCCAAGGCUCCUGAAAUGACUCAAGUCAUCGAAGAGAGCCCAACAGAAAGCAAUAAAUCAAUACUGGACCCGCCAAUUCCUGAGACCCCUUCGCUUCCAAAAGUUAGCUCACUUGCAAAACUCUCAACAAAUACGUCAACUUCUGAACCAGCAACUCCUGUCGCUGUUGUCGACACCCCCAUACUUGAAAAGAACUCGAGUGCGGUUUCGCUUGUGUCAGCCAACGACAACGCUCCUCAAUUGCCUAGUUUGCCACUUCCUUUGCCAGUUCCAAUUACUACGGGCCCUCCAAGUGCAGAAGAUGAGAAGGAAAUCGGAUAUCAAAUAGAGAAUGAGCUCGAGCGACCAACCUCAUCACACUCGAUUGGUGUCCAACCAACUAUAUGGGAAACUUAUCGCGUUCUGGGCGCCCAGUAUUCAAAAGCGGACUCGGCAACAAGAAAAAAAAGUGUCGAUUCUUUGGAGUUGUUAUUUGAAGCGAGAUUGGCUGAAACUGCCCGAACUCAACAUACGUUGAACACAGGAAAACAAUCCGAAAGGUCUGAUGCGGCUGUGACGUUCAACGUGCCAAAAUCACACCAUGGAAAUGAUCAGUCGGACGCAAAAAUUGCUUCAAUGAUUGGUGUCACAAAUUUCACAUCGCCUAGAAGCAAUGCAAUUAGAAGUGAGACAUCUGAGAGCUCUCCACCGCCUGUACAAGAAGAAACAGAGCAAAAGACGAGCAACGAAGAAACACCAAUUUUACAAAAAUCGUUGCCAUCAGCGGAAAAAUCGUUAGAAGCAGCACUAUUGAUUGAAAUGGCGAAACAAGGCAUUGAGCUGCCAUUGUCACCAAAGCAUGACGAAAAGAAUGAAAUUGAGUUCCCUCGAACGUCUGUAGAGACAUCGAGGCCAAAAAUUAUUGAUCCAGACGACCGGCCAAUAAGAAGUCGGCAAGCUUCGGCAAAAUCAUUAGAAAGACCAUCAAGGAUUCCCAGUGCUGUUAGAAGGCGAAAAAGUGAUGGUGAUGAGCUUUUCGUUCCAACGGGAUCUCGACACAGUCGGACUUCGGUAGCAAGAAAGCCCGCCAUUCAACGCCUUGCUAGUGAAACGACUGAUGAAAGCGAUCCGGAAGUUGCAUUUUUCAAAAAACUCGACACAAUGAAAUUCAAACGCCAGCCUUAUCCAAGUAGUAGCAGAAAAAUAAUGAGAAGAAGAAGGCCUGAACGAACCUUGUCCAGUAUCUCUGAAAAGAGUGCUGAAAUUGCGGCUGAUGCCAGUUUGGAGCAUCUUGCGGAUACUUCUAUAUCCUGCCCGGCAACAACUAGAGCAUAUUUGGAAGCACAACCAGUGCCGCUUCGUCGUCGAUUCAUUUUCAAGCGAAAAGUGAUUGAGGCUACCGGGCAAUCAUCGGAUGUUGACGUCCCAAAAGUCUUCCCAGAAUCAAUUGCGCAACCAAUUGUGAGCUCACCGGAAAUCCCUGACGUCACAAGACAAAAGUCAUUGGAGAAUCUGAAAAUGGCACAGCGGGUUGAGCGUGAAGAGAGCCGAGACAAAAUUCGCGGUCAAGCGAAUAGUAGAGGUGCAGUGAAAGCAAAACCAAUAAAGACAACAUCGUCUAGUUUGGCUAGCAGUAAUAUUGGAUCGGUUGCAACUACGCCAAGAAAUGGUGAGGAUGCUUCGUCGCUUACAUCAAGAAGCACCCGGAAUUCAGUGAUCAGCAGGAAAAUUGCGAUACGAAGAAAUGAGUUAAAAUCAGUCUCGGGUUCAGCUCAUGAAUUGAGAUCUUCUAACGUUAAUAGAACUGGAAGUGGUGGAUCGAAACUGAGGGGAGCAAGAUCAGUGGGCGAUUUGAGUAGAAGACGUCCAAAUUGGGAUAUUAGCUCCCAUCGAGAUAAUCUAAAGCCUCGCGAGUUCCUACCUCCUAUUGGACGGAGUCCACGGCUCCGAACUGCAACCAACUCACCUCAACCACGACAUCGAAGAAGUGACAGUCGUUUUUCGUUAGUCAGCCUUCCUGCCGUUCACACUUCCUCCUCAUUUUGGAGCUCGCCUUACUUCCAACCUUCUCAAGAUAUGAGAAAACCACCAAAAGAGGAUUUAUGGUGGAACCCUACUAAAUAA